UGCCAACACUGCGACAACGACAACAAACACAGCAGCAGCCGCCAGCGCUGCAAUGCCUGCGAAGACAGGCGGAGGAGAGGAGACAAAACAGGGGAGGAGGACGAUAAAGAUGACAAGGCGGCACAAUCGUUGUUGAAUAAAUUGAUACGCAGUAAUCUAGUGAACACAACCAAUCAAGUAGAAGUCCUACAGAGGGAUCCCAACUCUCCGCUUUACUCUGUCAAAUCCUUUGAGGAGCUGCGGCUUAAACCUCAGCUGCUCCAGGGAGUGUACGCCAUGGGCUUCAACCGCCCCUCCAAAAUCCAAGAGAACGCAUUACCCAUGAUGCUCGCAGAACCCCCACAGAACCUGAUCGCCCAGUCUCAGUCGGGGACGGGGAAAACUGCUGCCUUUGUCCUGGCCAUGCUCAGUCACGUUGACCCCAACAACAAGUUCCCACAGGCUCUGUGUGUGUCUCCUACCUAUGAGCUGGCCCUGCAGACAGGGAAGGUCAUUGAGCAGAUGGGGAAGCACUACUCAGAGGUCAAACUAGUCUACGCCAUCAGAGGAAACAAGCUGCAGAGAGGUACCCAGCUCCAGGAGCAGGUUGUGAUUGGAACGCCAGGCACCAUGCUGGACUGGUGUCUGAAGUUCAAGUUCAUCGACCCCAAGAAAAUCAAAGUGUUUGUCCUGGACGAAGCUGACGUCAUGAUCGCUACACAGGGUCAUCAGGACCAGAGCAUACGCAUUCAGAGGAUGCUACCCAAAGAGUGCCAGAUGCUGCUGUUCUCGGCAACGUUCGAGGAGACUGUGUGGAACUUUGCUCAGCGCAUCGUCCCAGAACCCAACAUCAUCAAGCUGAAGAGGGAGGAGGAGACUCUGGACACCAUCAAACAGUACUACGUCCUCUGUAACAGCAAAGAGGAGAAGUUCAUGGCCCUCUGCAACAUCUACGGAGCCAUCACCAUCGCUCAGGCCAUGAUCUUCUGUCAUACCAGGAAAACGGCAGGGUGGUUGGCAGGUGAGCUGUCCCGGGAGGGCCACCAGGUGGCGCUGCUCAGUGGUGAGAUGCAGGUGGAGCAGAGAGCUGCUGUCAUCGACCGCUUCAGAGACGGAAAGGAGAAGGUCCUGGUCACCACCAACGUCUGUGCCAGAGGUAUCGACGUGGAGCAGGUUUCCGUGGUGAUAAACUUUGACCUGCCAGUGGACAGAGACGGUAACCCAGACAACGAGACUUACCUGCACCGGAUUGGCCGCACGGGUCGUUUUGGGAAGCGGGGAUUGGCCAUCAACAUGGUGGACAGCAGGUUCAGCAUGAACAUCCUCAACAAGAUCCAGGAUCACUUCAAUAAGAAGAUCGAGAAGCUGGACACAGAUGAUCUGGAUGAGAUAGAGAAAAUCGCCGGCUGAAAAGAGAGAAAGAGUUCAGAACCACAUGACUGCUGAAAGCCCUGCUCCCCCCCACCCCCGACUCUCCUUGGACUGUUCUCAUACAGUGUUUUAAUUUGAAAAUUUUAGCUUUGGAGAGAAGUGCAAAGCCACAAACACAGCUAUAAUGUUUACAUGUGGUGUAAAUGUCUUAUAUCUCUCAGAUAUAUUUUAACAAGUCUCUGAAACGUUACUGUUUCACUCUUUCUACUUAUUAAUGAAUAAAGUUUAUAAUAUUAGCAAACAUUUUAUUUGUAUAUGUGCAUUGUAAUGCCAUCAUGGUGGUAGGCUUAAGAGUGCAAUGGCUUGUGCUUAUGAAAAACAUUUUAAAAUUAUGCAAAUUAAAUGUUACUAGUUCAUA